AUGCGCGUUUACCCAAUACGAUGCUGGUCUCCACUUCUCCACUCUCCACCUUUUGAAGUCUUUUUCGCCGAAAUGGGCGACAAGGUUAGGAAAGACCACAACAAAAAAGAAAGAGCUAUGAUAACUCAGGGACGUCAUCCAUGUGCAGACAAAAACCGCCAACCAAAAAGACGCGCACACGAGAGACGUAAAAACGAAUAUUAUCACCCAUCUUCUUGUCCGUCGGACUCAGAAGAACAAUUAUCAAUACGUAGUAGAGAGAACCGACAAGCAGUUGUGGUAACUUCUUACCAUGUAACAAGUGAUUCUGAAUCUGCUUCCGGUUACAAAUCUGGUAAUUCUGAGACCUCUGAUGACGAAUCUGGUAAUGCUGAUAGCGAAUCGACUUCUGACGAUCCCGAUUUGAUUUCUGAUUAUAGUGAUUCUGAUUCCAAUUUUAUUCCAAAAUAUUAUUUUUCAAAAGACAAAAUGCCACACGAUCUUCUGGUGGCCUUGAGACUGGAAGUGAAAUGGCUAUUAAGCCGGUUCCCGGAUGAAGAUAAGCUUAACCUUAAUGAAACGUUUGAACAACAAUCGGACCACGUGAAUGAAAUUAUUGUACCGGCAAUUAUGGAAUCAUUAAAUAAAACGAUAUUUCCAGUCGCCAAUAAAGUUGUAUACAGCAUGAUACAUUCAUUACACCGACACCGACGAGAAGAAUACAAACUUAAAAAAAGAUCACCAGAAUUCAUAGACAAGCAAAAUCGAAGACGACACUCCAAUAGCCAAAGAAAUUCAAAACAAAAAAAUAGGGCAAAAAUGAUUAAUCACUUACGAAGGGUAGGCGAUCCACUAAUUCGGAAAUUCAAUAACGAACACCUGCAGCCAGUCAUUAAUCAUAGUGCAUAUCACUCCCCCGAAAUUUCCGAAACGGAUGAAGAGAAUCCAUCCGGAAAAAGAAAAAUAGUGAUAAGAGAUUUCAAAUGGCGGUCGUCAACUUGUCGUAUGUUUUUACGAAAUUACAUAGAUCGGAAGAUUUCUGAAAAGUCGAAGGUUCCUAAGAAGAGAAAAUAUGUUUAUGAUAACGAAAAUUUUUAUGACAAGGAAGAAGAGAAACCCUGCAAUGCUCCUAAAUGGACUUGUACCAAAUAUAAAGGUAUAUUAAAAACACACAUUAACGAUGCCUGCGGCUGUCAGUUUGGCAACGAAUUACCAUCAAGACCGAACGAAUUAAAUGACAAUGAAAUUUAA